UUUAGAAGUGAGGAAAACACACUGAAAACACAAUGUGGAGGAAACACUUUAGUCAUGAUAGGAAGUGUAUUUCAGUGUAUUUCUCUGUAUGAAGCACUAAUAAGGACAUUUUGAGAGCUAAGAGCGAUAGAAGAAGACAGAGAGAAAGACAGAAGCACAAUGGUUGAGCUCAGAUGGAUUAAAAUAUCUUUAUUUCUGAUACUGGGGCUUCAGUUUACAACAGUAACUGGACAAACUUCCCUCAAUAUCACUGUCAGAGAUGGAGAUGAAGUCACUUUGUCUUGUGAAAAUGUGAUGACUGAUCAGGAUAAAUGUGACAGUACCACCUGGACCUUUGUUUCAAGAAGCACAGCAGCAGUAGAGCUGAUUAAACUUGUGCAGAUUGGUGAAGAAGCCAAAGCUAAAUCAGACAGACUGAGUGUUACAGCGAACUGUUCUCUGGUUAUAAAGAAGGUCACAGUUGAGGAUGCUGGUCUUUACACCUGCCUUCAGUACAACAAAUCAGGACAACAACAAUAUCAAGACUCUCAGGUUGAUCUGUCUAUUGUUACCAUGACUGAAUAUAAGGGCACUAAACAGGUGAUGUUAAUCUGCUCUGCGUCGACAUAUCAACGGUGUAGACAGACAGUGAAGUGGGUGUAUGAGGGUAAUGAUUGGGAUGUGAACAUUCAGCACAUGAAGGAGAUUCUUUGCUUUGCCACUGUGACAUUUACAACUUCCCAUCUUGCUGAAACGUCAAAGUAUUCUGAGAUAUUCAAGUGUAACGUGACAGAUAAAAACACUGGAAAAGUGCAGCUGUUUGCCUUCAGCCCUCAGUCUUCAGGUGAGGACACUAAAAGAACUGCAACAAAAAAAUCAACACCAACAACCAAUGAUACUCCAACAAAACAACAAGUUUGGUUGAGGUUCAUCAUCGUGUCUGUUGGUUUAACUGCACUCAUAAUAAUCGUUGUGUCAGUCAACAUAUGGACCAGAAUUAAAGUGAACAAAUCACAGAUGGAUGACAAUGCUGUGCAUAAUGAUGAAGAUGAAGAUGAAGGUACGGUGACUUAUGAAAACAUUGGAGAACCUUCUGCUACUGUCAGACUCCACUGAUCAACAACUUUCACACCAACAUCAACUCACCAGAGUCCACCGCAGUUAAAUAACAUUUCAUCAGAUUUUAUAUGAGAAGUUAAAGCCUUUGUUUGUGUUUUGGUGGGUUUAGGUGGCUGAUUCUUUUUUUAACUGCAGCACUGUUUUGUCAAACUUUUCACCCAUUUUAAGAAUUUAAACAAAUGUUUAAAUUUUACUUUUUACACUGUAGCUUCUUCUCAGUUCUUUCAUUAUUUGUGCAGAAAAACACAUUUUUAAGUAACUUUCAUUUUGUGUUGUUUUUAACAUGUUUGCUGAGUGAGAUAUGUUUUAAAUUGUGUAGAAUAGACUUAACUGAGCUGGGAGCUCUAAUAGAGUCAGUACCUGUCUUCUCUUUACUAUAACUGAUAUUAUAUUACUGGCCAGUAUUUCUCUGUGUUUCCUUGCUGAGCUGCAGUGGACGGAUAAUAACACAAAUACAGAAAUAAAUUAUAAAUAAAACUGAACUGAAUUGAACUGAAGUGAAUAGAGGGUCUGAUGUCCAGGCUGGAGGUGUCAGGCUGCCUCUAUAAAUACAACACAAUCACAUAUGUAUAUUAAUUGUAUAUAGAUCAGUUUGAGCUCAGUGUAAGUAUAUGUGACCACAGAAAUACAAAAGAUAACUAACUUUCCUCCUUUGUUUUGUAUGAUUAUUAUUGUCACUUCACAAUGAUUGUUCUUCACGCUGAACAGACGCUUCAUGGCUGUUUGUCCUUUGACUGCCUAGUUUACAUGUUAAUUACAAAGCUUUUCAAGAACUAUGGCUGGUUGAUAA